UGCCCCCCCCGCGGUCGCUCGGAGCAGUGCGUCCUGCCGGCCGACAGGAGGCGUGUCUCCCCCUCCGGCCGGAGCAGCAGCGGCGCGGCACCAGAUGCGAGUGUCGGGGAAGCGACACGAGCCGAAUCAACUUCUCUGUGCUGCUCCGGUGACUCUCCCCGGCUCCGGCUUCACGAAGUGUAGGAUGGAUUCCUAACAUGGACGCCCCGGCUCCUCCACCUCCACCGUCAUCCUCCUCAGCUGAGUCGGAGGACUGUUUCUUCUUCUUCUUGGCGCAGUGAGCUGGACACGCAGUGCUAUUUUUUUUUUCUGUGUGUGUGUGUGUGUGUGUGUGUGUGUGUGUGUGUGUGUGUGUGUGUGUGUGUGUUGCUGGUCCAGAUGGACGCGGGGACGCCGCUGCCCAGCCGCCUCCCGUGGUGAUCAUGCCGUGAUCCUGCAGCCGCCCUUUGCUUCACGUUCCACAAGGCGUGAAAGAAAGAAAGAAAGAAAGAAAGAAGGAAAGAGAGAGAGAAAAACAAAUCUGGGGAUUUACACCGAUUCAGGGAAUAAAGGAGGAGAUCCCGUGCAGCCUCAGCACCAUGGAGGUGGCGUCCUGCUCGCUGGGGCUCAGCGCCAGGUUCAGGUGCAGGCUGCUGCUGCUGCUGCUUCACUGUGGGGGCUGUUCUCAUGGGAUGCCGCACGUCUUGAGGUUUGGAGGGAUAUUUGAGUCCGUUGAAAGUGGCCCAUCGGGUGCUGAGGAACUAGCCUUUAAAUUUGCUUUAAACACAAUCAACAGGAACAGAACCCUACUGCCAAACACCACGCUCACCUACGACAUCCAGAGGAUAAACAUCUAUGACAGCUUCGAGGCCUCCAGGAAAGCCUGUGACCAGCUCUCUUUGGGGGUGGCAGCCAUCUUCGGCCCCUCUCACAGUUCCUCCGCCAACGCAGUCCAGUCCAUUUGCAAUGCCUUGGGGGUGCCGCACAUUCAGACCAAGUGGAAGCACCAGGUGUCAGACAACAGAGAUGUGUUCUACGUCAGCCUCUACCCAGACUUCUCCUCCCUCAGCCGGGCCAUCCUGGACCUGGUCCACUUCUUCAAGUGGAAGACGGUCACUGUGGUUUACGACGACAGCACUGGCCUGAUUCGGUUGCAAGAACUUAUAAAGGCUCCUUCCCGGUACAACAUCCGGUUAAAGAUCCGACAGUUGCCUGCAGACACCAAGGAUGCCAAGCCGCUCUUAAAGGAGAUGAAGAGGGGGAAGGAGUUCCACAUCAUCUUUGACUGUGGCCACGAAAUGGCUGCUGGGAUCCUGAAGCAGGCUCUCGCCAUGGGGAUGAUGACAGAGUACUAUCACUAUAUCUUCACCACACUGGAUCUGUUUGCGCUGGACGUCGAGCCUUACCGAUACAGUGGUGUGAACAUGACUGGCUUCAGGAUCCUCAACACCGAGAACAGCCAAGUGGCCUCCAUCAUUGAGAAAUGGUCCAUGGAGCGACUGCAGGCUCCGCCUAAACCUGACUCUGGUCUACUGGACGGCUUCAUGACCACGGACGCCGCGCUCAUGUACGAUGCCGUGCACGUGGUGGCCGUGGCUGUGCAGCAGUCUCAGCAGAUCACCGUCAGCUCGUUACAGUGCAACCGACACAAGCCCUGGCGCUUCGGGAACCGCUUCAUGGCCCUCAUCAAAGAGGCUCACUGGGAUGGCCUGACUGGGAGAAUCAAUUUCAACCGGACCAAUGGCUUGAGGACAGACUUCGACCUCGAUGUCAUUAGUCUGAAGGAGGAGGGGCUAGAGAAGAUUGGUACCUGGGAUCCUCCAAGUGGCCUGAACAUGACCGACAACCAGAAGGGGAAGACGACUAACGUCUCCGAUUCGUUAUCCAAUCGAUCCCUGAUCGUCUCCACCAUACUGGAAGAGCCGUAUGUGAUGUUCAAGAAGUCUGACAAGCCGCUGUACGGGAACGACCGCUUCGAGGGCUACUGCAUAGACCUGCUGAGAGAGCUGUCCAACAUCCUCGGCUUCACCUACGAGGUCCGAUUGGUGGAGGACGGGAGAUACGGCGCGCAGGACGAGAACACCGGCCAGUGGAACGGGAUGAUCAAGGAGCUAAUGGACCACAGAGCUGACCUGGCAGUGGCUCCCCUCGCCAUCACGUACGCUCGCGAGAAGGUUAUCGACUUCUCCAAGCCCUUCAUGACGCUCGGUAUAAGUAUACUGUACCGCAAGCCCAACGGGACCAACCCUGGGGUCUUCUCCUUCCUCAACCCGCUCUCGCCCGAUAUCUGGAUGUAUAUUCUGCUGGCUUACUUGGGUGUCAGUUGUGUGCUGUUUGUCAUAGCCAGGUUUAGUCCCUACGAGUGGUAUAACCCCCACCCGUGCAACCCCGACUCGGAUGUAGUGGAAAACAAUUUCACCCUGCUAAAUAGUUUCUGGUUCGGAGUUGGAGCUCUCAUGCAGCAAGGAUCUGAGCUCAUGCCAAAAGCGCUCUCCACCAGAAUUGUAGGAGGAAUCUGGUGGUUUUUCACGCUCAUCAUCAUCUCCUCCUACACGGCAAACCUGGCGGCCUUCCUCACCGUGGAGAGGAUGGAGUCGCCCAUCGACUCUGCCGACGACCUGGCCAAGCAGACCAAGAUAGAAUACGGGGUGGUAGAGGACGGCGCCACCAUGAACUUCUUUAAGAAAACCAAGAUCUCCACGUACGAUAAGAUGUGGGAGUUCAUGAGCAGUCGGAGGCACUCGGUGAUGGUGAAGAACAUCGAGGAGGGCGUCCACCGCGUGCUCACCUCGGACUACGCGUUCCUCAUGGAGUCCACCACCAUCGAGUUCGCCACGCAGCGCAACUGCAACCUCACGCAGAUCGGAGGCCUCAUCGACUCCAAAGCCUACGGGGUCGGCACCCCGAUGGGCUCUCCGUACAGAGAUAAGAUCACUAUCGCCAUCCUGCAGCUUCAGGAGGAAGGGAAGCUGCACAUGAUGAAGGAGAAGUGGUGGAGAGGAAACGGCUGUCCGGAGGAGGAGAGCAAGGAGGCCAGCGCCCUCGGGGUGCAGAACAUCGGAGGGAUCUUCAUCGUGCUCGCCGCCGGACUUGUCCUCUCCGUGUUCGUGGCCGUGGGAGAGUUCAUCUACAAGUCCAAACAGAACGCACAACUUGAAAAGGCCCAAUGGCGACAACGAGAUAAGAAACAGGUCCUUCUGCAGUGCUGUGGUGGACGAGCUGCGGGUUUCCCUCAAGUGCCAGCGCCGGCUCAAACACAAGCCGCAGCCGCCUGUCAUGGUGAAAACGGAGGAGGUCAUCAACAUGCACACUUUCAACGACCGCAGACUGCCAGGGAAAGAGACCAUGGCCUGAGAUCCCAAUCACUUUCUCACCCUCGCUCCUGCAGUGAGGAGUCGUGCAGAGACACUGGGGCAAAGGGAAGGGGUAAAUGGUAAGGGGGGGGGGGUUACGGUUGAGUCAUUUCACAGGUAGAGCGGAGGUGCUUGGUUGUAUAUUGGGGAAAUGUCACUAUUGUUUCUUUAAAAAAAAUUAGCUAGGGAUAAGAGAUUCAACAAUAUUUCCUGUGGAAAUAACUUGAACCUUGGUCAAAUUUCAGUGAGUUACCUCAUUACUCUUACCACCUUGGCAAGGAUUGAGUUGAAGAGGUACAGUCGACUAGGAAUACAUUCAAAUUGGGACGGAAGUGGUCAAUUGAAAAAAAAAGACGAUAUAUAUAGAUAUGAAAACACAUUUUUAAAGAAACUGGACCUAGCAUCUUGUCACUGCACACUUCAGAAGAGGCUGGUGGAGCAGCCUCACGGGCGUCUCUCACACCAUGAGUUCCACAUACAAACGGGGUGAAAGGGGAGAAAAGUCUGUAUAGGAUUUUCUUUUUUCUCCUAUUUUUUCUGCAGACGUUGUGAAUAGAAAGACCACAGCGGGUCCUUGACUAAACAAAAAAAAAACCAAAGCCCUGAAGACAAUGACAAACUCGGCAGCUCCCAAAAUGUACAGAGAGGUUUAAGAAACACCGAUCGACAUCAGAAAUGGAUAAACUUGUAUAUCAUCCAUCAGGCAAUAAGUGAUAUCAUUUAUUUGUGUUUCUGAGUACUAACACUUUGUCUUUAAUGUUGGGGGGGUAAGAUUUAAUAUUAUAUGGUAUAAUACAAGCGGAGAAUGCAGGAGUACAGGGGGCAACGUCGUGACCUGUCCAUGUAUCAUCCAGUCAUUCAAGGAGGAUUCUCUGGAGGUACACACACCCUUAAUAAUCAGUGAGGAACGUUGGAAUGUCUCAAUUCACAGCAAUCACACAACACACAAACUCUAUUUAUUCCAAGUAUUUAUUCUUUUAUUUAUAAUACUCUUUAUUUAUAUCUCGACAGACUGGAUUUUUCACUCCUGCGAAAUACACCUCAACUCUGUAUGGGUACACGCGGUUUUCGUUCCGUUUGCUCAAUAUCAAAGUGUCCAGUUUCAUUUUGUACUCCUGUGGCUUUCUCUUUCUUUGUUUCUUGUUUUCGGCAGCAAAGCCCCACGAUUACUUGUGCAAAUGCAAUUUCUAUGAAAAAAAAAACAACAACCAGUGUUUUUGUACGAAGAGAAUCAAAUUUUGUAAUGAUUUUUAUCAACACAAAAUGCACCAUGAAGAGUGUCAUCCGUGGCAGAGGGUUGGAACUCCACACCGGUAUUUCAGGAGGCUUUUUAGACACUAGACAAAGCUGACACACACCUAAACACACACACACACACACACACACACACACACACACACAAGUGCAGGGCACACCCACUCUCCAUGGAGCAGAUUCACUCCCAAUUAGUACCAUGUUCCCACAGAGCGAGGCAGAACAUCCUGCUACAGCAUCAGUGACGAUGUUGUUUCAAGGAAAAAGGAAACAAUUUUUUAUCACGUCAAGGAAUCACAUUUAAAAGAAAGGUAUUUUUACUUCACAUGAAAGAAGAGUAUUGAUAAUACUGGUUAGAGCAACUAGACAUUGUACACACAACAAGGGCCGGGAGGAAGACUACGGAUGAUGCUUUAUCACUCUACACCCCUGGUUACUGAUAGACUGCUAGAGAAUCCAGUGCUGAGCAAUUGUGUGUAAAUGGUUUUGAAAAGGAAAAAGAUGUAUUUAAAAGAAAAUAAAUAAUAAUAAUAAUAAUAAUAAUAAAGAACACUUAACUAAUUUUGAACUUGUGAAAACAAAAUAGAGUGCACACAGUUUACCCUUUGAAGUUGAUGCACAAGUUUAAAGAAAAUUAAAAAAGAGUAUUCCUAC